AUGAGUGGUUUACGCAAUACUGUGAAGGGUGGCUGGCACCCUGAAGGCAAGGAAGGUGGAAAGGAGAGCUGGCGCGGCGAUUUCAAAGGCAUCAACCAAGUGGCUGGGUGGAUGGGAAAGGGCAAGGAGGGUGAAUCCUCCGGUUCUGGUUCUGGCUCUGGGCAGACCUCCGAAUCACAAGGGGUCUGGGUGGAUGGGAAAGGGCAAGGAGGGUGGAUCCUCCGGUUCUGGCUCUGGGCAUGGCUCCUCGUCACAGGGGGAAUCAGGGGCCAAGUGGCAGGCUGGAUGGGAAAGGGCAAUGAAUCCAACCCCAACCGCUCCGACCAUGUCUCGCAACCAUUGUCAGCCCUCAAAGACCCAUCUUCCUUUGGACCCCCUCCCAAACAUAUCAAUUACCAUGGAGCAGCCGCGGUGCCAGACCAGACAACCCCCGACCACCGGGGUGUAGGAGCUCCGCUGUCCCAGGAUCAGAUUAACGCCCAGGAUUCCCACCGACAGCAAGUAGCCGAAGCAGAGGAGGAACAUUUCCAAAAGUCUGCCCCACCUCCGGUCCCGUAUCGCGUCGACACAAGCGGCCUGUCUACAGACAAUCUCCCUCCACCACCAGUGCGGCGACUAGACUCCACAAGUUCCGCCACAACAAGCUCGAUCUCAAAGUCAAAGCCGCCAAAGCCCCCGCCACGACUUCCUGCCCGCAAUGGAUCCCCCAGCUCCGAUCCGCCCCCCGCUUAUUCCACCUCACCGGUACUCUCCCACGAUUAUAUCAAUCAAGAUGCUACUUCCCGCCUAGCAAACGCCGGCAUCUCGGUUCCUGGAUUUGGGAUUGGUCAGGAGAAAUCAUCGUCGCCUGCACAUACGCCUGUCAAUGAGCUGCAGUCGCGCUUCUCUCAAAUGAAUACAUCGGGAUCUCCAUCGUCACCCACCCCGCCUGCCCAGGCCUCGGCGAACGCGAGCACGUCUUCUCCCCAGAACUUCCGCGAGCGCCACGCGGGCUCGAUCGAUUCUGGAAAGCAGAAAUAUGGUGACUUCCGCGAGCGUCAUGCGGAUACCAUCGACUCGGGAAAACAAAAGUAUGGUGAUUUCCGCGAGCGACACGCAGAUACCAUCGAUUCGGGAAAGCAGAAAUACGGUGAUUUCCGCGAGCGCCACGCGGACUCGAUCGAUUCAGGCAAACAGAAGUUGAGUGGCUACGCGUCGCGGUUCACUGGCUCUUCUCCAGCAGCGCCUAGCCCACCGGCCCGGCCCGCGUCGAAUACUUCCAGUAUGAACUUGGAACCGGCGGAGUCCGCACGGGGCACAUCCUCUGUCCAAGAUUUCCGUGAACGCCAUGCGGACAAGAUCGAUAUGGGCAAAGAGAAGUUGGGUGGAGUCACAUCGCGCUUUAACACAUUUGUGGAGGACCGUAAGUUCUCGGCCGAUGCCAACAAACGGAUCCCACGCCCACCCCCCACCCCCCACCUUCUCGUCCUAUCUCCAUGGGCCAGUCGAACUCUCCAGCGGGGUCACCCACGGAUCCCGAUAUUCAGACUCAAGCCCAGCGCAAGAAGGCCCCUCCGCCACCUCCACCCAAGCGAGCUGAAUUUCGUGCGUCCCCUGUUGACGCUUCGUCGCCAUCACUUCCGGGACCUCCUCCCGUUCCCCAUGGCACCAAGCCCCGGUAAGGAUUGUACUUUUAACCGUGUGUAUGUGUACGUUGCGCAUUCCUGGCGUUGA